CUGCCACCCAAACGACUUCUUACACAUUAACUGUCCAAAUCGGUAGGAGAGGCUGCAACCUCUCGCUGAUCGCUUAGCUUUUAACUUUUUUUGCACUAACCGCAUCGCUGUCGACUUUGACACGGAAGAGAACGUUGCACGCGGACGAGCUCGUGGUUAUUUGGUGCUGGCGAUGCGGCGUUGAAGAGAGGUUGCGGCGACAGUGGGUUUUUUUGUCUAGGAGAUGCACCAAGGAGCACUGGAAUGUUUCUUUACAAAGCCCUUAAACACAGAGAUGAAGAAGAGGACACUCAGUCCCAGAAACCCUGGAUAGAAAGCACUUUCACCAAGAGGGAAUGCGUGUACGUACUUCCAGUGUCAAAGGACCCCCACAGAUGCCUUCCAGGAUGCCAGAUUUGCCAGCAGCUUGUCCGGUGCUGCUGCGGGCGGCUGGUGCGACAGCAUGUUGGCUUCACAGCCAGCUUGGCCCACAAGUACUCGGACGUGAAGCUGGGUGAGAACUCCGGCAGGCCCGGGCCGGAGUUGGAGGAGUGGUCGGUGGAAAAACACACAGAGGCCAGACCCACUGACGCCUAUGGUGUCGUUAACUUCCAGGGAGGCUCGCACUCCUACAGAGCCAAGUAUGUGCGUUUGUCCUACGACUCUCGUCCGGAGACCAUCCUACGGCUGAUGCUGAAGGAGUGGCACAUGGAGUUGCCCAAGAUCCUCAUCUCUGUCCACGGUGGAGUCCAGAAUUUUGAUAUGCACCCUCGCAUUAAGCAGGUGGUGGGCAAGGGUCUCAUCAAGGCUGCCGUCACUACGGGCGCCUGGAUUCUCACCGGAGGGGUCAAUACAGGUGUAGCAAAGCAUGUAGGCGACGCUCUCAAAGAGCACUGUUCCAGAUCAUCAAAGAAGAUUUGCACUAUUGGGAUUGCAUCCUGGGGAUUUAUUGAAAACAGAAACGACUUAAUCGGCAGAGACAUCAUCGCUCCGUAUCAGACGCUACUCAACCCUCUCAGCAAACUCAACGUUCUCAACAACCUCCACUCACAUUUUCUCCUGGUGGAUGACGGCACGGUGGGCAAGUACGGCGCGGAGGUACAACUGCGACGGGACCUAGAGAAGCACAUCAACCUCCAAAGAAUACAUGCGCGUAUCGGUCAGGGUGUUCCUGUAGUGGCACUCAUCUUCGAGGGCGGUCCCAAUGUGAUCUUGACCGUGCUUGAUUACCUUCAGGAAAGCCCUCCUGUCCCGGUGGUGGUGUGUGAGGGGACGGGCCGAGCUGCUGACAUACUAGCGUAUGUCCACAAGCAGACCGAGGAGGGAGGCGGUCUUCCAGAUGGCGUGGAGGCAGACAUCAUUGCAACCAUCAAGAAAACCUUCAACUUCAGCCAGAGUGACGCCAUCCAUCUUUUUCAGACUUUGAUGGAGUGCAUGAAGAGGAAAGAAUUGAUCACUGUGUUUCACAUCAGCUCAGAAGAGAGCCAGGACAUUGACGUCGCCAUCCUGAAGGCCUUACUCCAAGGUACAAACGCGUCUGCCUUCGAUCAGCUGGUCCUGACUCUAGCCUGGGACCGUGUGGACAUUGCCAAAAAUCAUGUGUUUGUGUACGGACAGCAGCUUUUGGUUAGCUCUUUGGAACAAGCCAUGCUCGACGCACUCGUCAUGGACAGAGUGGACUUUGUCAAGUUGCUAAUUGAAAACGGCGUCAGCAUGCACCGCUUUCUGACAAUCAGUCGACUGGAGGAGCUUUACAACACUAAACAACCUCCUAACAAUCCAACUCUUCUUCACCUGGUUAGAGAUGUUAAGCAGAGUCACCUGCCUCCAAAUUACAAGAUCACCUUGAUUGAUGUCGGCCUGAUUAUUGAGUACCUGAUGGGUGGGACUUACAGGUGCAACUACACCAGGAAACGCUUUAGAAUCAUUUACAACAAUCUCCAUGGCAACAGUCGGAGGUCUGGGCGCCAUCCAACCGGUCCGGGCUCUCAUUUGAGGAAAAGUCAUGAGUCAUUCAGCAUGCAGGCCGAUAAGAAGGAGAAGACGAGGCACAACCAUUUCAUCAAGACUGCACAGCCUUACAAACCUAAGCUGGAGUCCACCAAAGAGCAGAACAAAAAGCGGGUCAAAGAAGAGAUUGUGGACAUCGACGACCCAGAGACAAGGCGCUUUUCCUACCCAUUCAAUGAACUGCUGGUGUGGGCCGUGCUCUUGAAACGGCAGAAAAUGUCGCUGUUCUUCUGGCAGCACGGCGAGGAAAACAUGGCCAAGGCUCUGGUGGCCUGCAAGCUUUGCCGUUCGAUGGCUUACGAGGCCAAGAAGAGCGACGUGGUGGACGAUACAUCGGAGGAGCUAAAGGAGUACUCCAAUGAGUUCGGCACGUUGGCGGUAGACCUGCUAGAGCAGUCCUUCAGACAGGACGAGACCAUGGCCAUGAAGCUGCUGACCUACGAACUAAAAAACUGGAGCAACUCCACCUGUUUGAAGCUGGCCGUUUCUUCUCACUUGCGACCCUUUGUGGCUCACACCUGCACCCAGCUGCUGUUGUCUGACAUGUGGAUGGGGCGACUAAACAUGCGCAAGAACUCCUGGUACAAGGUCAUUCUGAGCAUCCUGGUGCCUCCUGCCAUUCUGCUGUUGGAGUACAAGUCCAAAGCUGAAAUGGCUCACAUCCCGCAGAGCCAGGAUGACCACCAGAUGACCAUGGAGGAUAGCGAAAACAACUUCCAGAACAUAGCUGACGACAUUCAAAUGGAUGUGUUCAAGGAGGCCAGAUCCUCUGAUCCUAUUGAGUCAAAAACUGACAUGGAGAUACCCAUUCGUGCAAGGAAGCUGCCGUUAACCAGAAAAAUAUACGCCUUCUACCAUGCUCCCAUUGUCAAGUUCUGGUCCAACACGCUGUUUUAUUUGGGUUUCUUGAUGCUCUACUCCUACGUGGUCCUGGUAAGAAUGCCAGAAUGGCCUUCUCCUCAAGAGUGGGUGGUCAUCCUCUAUAUCUUCACCUCUGCUAUCGAGAAGAUCCGAGAGAUGUUUAUGUCAGAAGCAGGAAAAAUAAGUCAGAAGAUAAAAGUGUGGUUUGAUGACUACUUCAACGUCUCCGAUUUUUUGGCCAUCAUUUCCUUUUUUAUCGGCUUCGGUCUGAGGCUGGGCGGAGGGAAAGCCUUCAUCCCUGGCAGGACGGUUUACUGUCUCAACAUCAUCUUCUGGUAUGUGCGACUCCUCGAUAUCCUGGCCGUCAACCAGCAAGCUGGACCCUAUGUCAUGAUGAUUGCCAAAAUGGUUGCCAACAUGUUUUACAUUGUGGUGAUCAUGGCCAUUGUCCUGCUCAGCUACGGCGUUCCCCGCCAAGCCAUCCUAUACCCCGACCAAGAGCCAAGCUGGAAGCUGGCCAAAGAGGUGGUGUUCCAGCCGUACUGGAUGAUGUACGGGGAGGUGUAUGCAUAUGAAAUCGAUGUGUGUGCCAACAACAGUGAUCCAAACGUGAAGAACUUGUGUGAGAACGCAGGAGUAUGGCUUACUCCUCUCCUGCAAGCAGUCUACCUCUUUGUUCAGUACAUACUUAUGGUCAACCUCCUCAUUGCUUUCUUCAACAACGUGUACCUGCAGGUGAAGUCCAUCUCCAACUUGGUGUGGAAGUACCAGCGCUACCACUUCAUCAUGGCCUACCACGAGAAACCGGUCCUGCCACCCCCAUUCAUCCUCCUGUGCCAUAUCUACUCACUCUUCUGCAUGUGCAGGAAGAGAAAGAAGGAGCACACAUACGGACCAAAGCUGUUUCUCACAGAGGAAGACCAGAAAAAACUUCAUGACUUUGAGGAGCAGUGUGUCGAGACGUACUUUCAUGAAAAAGAUGACCAGUUUCACUCGGGGAGUGAAGAGCGCAUACGUCUCACCUCCGAAAGGGUUGAGACGAUGUGCAUGCAGCUGAAGGAGGUGGGCAACAGGGUCAACUUCAUCAAACGCUCUUUGCACACGUUGGACUCCCAGAUUGGUCACCUUCAGGACCUCUCUGCCCUCACUGUGGACACCCUAAAGACGCUGACAGCACAGAGGGCAUCAGAGGCUAGCAAGGUUCACAAUCGUAUCACCCAAGAGCUCAGCCUCUCCAAGAACGUUGUCCCCAGCAUAGUUCCCGGGGUAACGGACACAGGCCCCCAGUCCAAAUCCUCCGCAAUAGGAAAGCGGAGCGUGGGGGCCUACUUUGGCUCAACUUUUUCCCAAGCUGGAGCUAACAUAGCAGACUCACUUUUUGGGAUCGGCGCCGGAGAUGCAACUGAUCGUAACCGUAGGGUCGUGUUAAGCCCCGUGCCAGGACUGGGGAACGAUCCCAAUCUGAGUCCAGAAAAGAGGGGCUUGUUCGGCCUCGGGCACCUCGCUGCAGAGGCUGGUUCCUCCAGCAGCGGCGCCCCCUGUGCCUUUGUCCAAAGUGCUGUUUCCCCUCCGGAGCUGCGUCUUCGGGGCCACUCCUUUACCCUCAGUAAACUGACCCGUCCACAUGAGCCGGACUGUUCUGACUCGCCAUCCAGCCUGCCCAACGUGCCUUCACGCGGGGCUCACUUCCACAUCAGCAGCACGCCUUCCCAGCCCAGCGUCUCAAGCCAACCCGAACUCUCCUUGGCUGGGCUUUGCCAGCAGCCGCCUGACAGUGCCGUCGUAGAGUUUGGGGCAUUUGUUGGUAAGUAUGACGGUGAAUCUCCGAAGAUGCGUGAGCACGAUGAGAACAGCGUGUGUGUGUAUCCUACUGUGCUCGUUGUGUCUAAGACUUUGGGCUCUGCUCAGCCUGCCUGCUUGCCUGCAGAGGGGUUAGGAGGCGGGUCCAGUGGGGGGGAGGGGACUUUGGGGUACGUCAAUGAGGCUUUCUGCGACGACGAGGGCAAGUUGGCCUUUCCCAGCAGAUGUGAAACAAACACUCAAAGCCAAGGACACAGCGGACCACCAUGUUCUGUUCGCACCCCUGCUAUGACCGCCCGAAGACCCCACAGACGAAGAAAGCGGGAUUACGAUGUUUGGGAAGCACCCGCCUCUUCGCCGGGGCCCACCUAUGAUGGUGAAAGUUGUGACAAGAGGACCUUUGUGAGAGGACAUAAAGACAGUGUUAACUUCCAGCACUCUACACCUAAGGAGACUUGCAGCCCACAGCACAGCCCGGCUACAAGCAGCAGACAACAGGGUCCGCCUGAUGGUCAUGGUCACAUCAGAGCUGUCAACUCCUAUGCUGGCUUUACUGAGUUUGACAGGAGCCCAGCUUUUCUUCACCCCAACUCAACUCUGAGAAAGAAGGACCGAAGCCGAGUAUCCGCUGAAGACAUCCUCAUCCAUGAGGAACCGAGGUCUUCAGGGCUGGGAAGAGUUCAGGUCAAAUCAGCGCAAGCCAGCAGCCUCCAACCCCCUGCAGAGGACACAUUAACUGCUUCUGUCUCACUCUACACACCUCGCCACACCCACCUCGGAUCCAGAAAAGACUCCAUUGGUUCACCUUUCAAGCCCAUGGAAAGCUACCAGUACUCAGCUGUUGAGCGCAACAACCUUAUGAGACUGUCCCAAAGCAUCCCCUUCACACCAGUGCCACCAAGAGGGGAGCCAGUGACCGUGUACCGCCUGGAGGAGAGCUCCCCCAACACCAUCAACAACAGCAUGUCUUCCUGGGCCCAGCGCGGCCUCUGUGCAAAAAUUGAGUUUCUCAGCAAGGAGGAGAUGGGUGGCGGCCUGAGACGGGCCCUCAAAGUCCUCUGCACUUGGUCCGAGUAUGACAUUCUCAAACCGGGACACCUGUACAUUGUCAAGUCCUUCCUCCCUGGGGUGGUCCAGACCUGGCAGAGCAUUUACAAGGAUGACACCGUGUUGCAUCUUUGUCUCAGGGAAAUACAACAGCAGCGAGCGGCUCAGAAGUUGACGGUCGCCUUCAACCAGAUUAGACCCAAGACUAUUCCUUACUCACCAAGGUUCUUGGAGGUGUUCCUGCUCUACUGUCACUCGGCGGGCCAGUGGUUCGCCAUCGAAGAGUGCAUCACAGGCGAGUUCCGGAAGUUUAACAACAACAACGGCGAUGAGAUCGUCCCCACUAACCUGCUGGAGGAGACCAUGCUAGCCUUCAGCCACUGGACAUACGAGUACACGCGAGGCGAGCUGCUGGUGCUCGACCUGCAGGGGGUUGGCGAGAUUCUGACAGAUCCUUCCGUGAUAAAGAGCGGCGAGAAAGGUUCGUACGACAUGAUCUUUGGACCUGCCAACCUGGGCGACGACGCCAUCAGGAACUUCCGGGCGAAACAUCACUGCAAUUCCUGCUGUCGGAAACUCAAACUUCCUGAUUUAAAGAGGAACGAAUACACGCCCGACAAGGUGACGUUCCCUCAAGAAGACCCGCCCAAUCCUGGGGGCGGAGCCAAGGAGCCCCGCCAAUCAAUGAGGCUGCUGUGAUGGCGUUUUAAGAGCCGUCAAGUCUUUUCGCUGCUCUCCUCCAAUCGUAACCGAGGAGCCAAUCAACUGGAAGAAACCCCACCUGAUGUGUUUCCAUGGAAACCACGCCGGAAAGUCCUCACACAGUCAUGUGAACGCAUGAGAAGGUACAUGAAUUACUCCGGAAGGCUUUUAUUAUAAAAUAUUAUUUAUUGACGUUUGUUGCUGUUGCCUUGUUUUAAUAUAUGAAAAGAAAUCAUUGUGUGACAUCUGUUACAUCAUUUGUAUUCUUCUGAUUUUGUGCGAACACUUAUAGCCACGCUUUUUAUCAUCUUUAUGAAAUCUUCUAAGAACAAUGGGCAGAUUGCAAUGCAACUCUUAUAGGACAUUGUGUCACGUUUUGUGUGUUGAAAAGUUUGUUCAUGCUUUUUCUUCUUCUUUUUUGAAUGGUUACAAAGGUACUAUUGCAAUAUCUUUGCCAUGGCUUGCAAGUCCUAUGAGCAGAUGACAAGCUCGUGUAUCUUAUAGAUACUGCUGUCUGCAUGUACUCAUUAUACCAAUAUUUUAUUCAGGGCACACUUAAAGGGUAUUAUUAUUACUGUAUACAUUUUGUACUGAACUUCAUUUUAAACUAAUAAAAUCUUAAAUCUCA